UGUGUCUGUCGGCCUUGCUGUGAGAGGAGCGGCCGCCCUUCCUCCGGUAGGAAACUCGCUCUGACGUAACGAAACCAGAGCAGGCAGAUAUGUGUUAAUGAAAAUCUUUAGACUAUUGUUUUAUUGCACACCUGAAACUCGACGUCCUCUCACGUCCCCGUCACACUGAAUUAUCCGUGUUUGGUGACUGCAGGUCGGAGAGGAAAACACGGCUACACCGACAGAGACAGAGGGGAAUAAGCAGUGUGUAACCUGGUUUUGGCAUGGCUGAUCUGCUAAGGCUGCUGCUUCGGGUGGCUGAGAAAGCGGCUGAUGUGGCUCGGGUCUGCAGGCAGGAGGCUGCCCUCUUUGAGCUCCUCGUUCAAGAAAAGACUGGAGAUGACAAGAAUAAGAAGUUUGUCCAGGACUUCAAGACGCUUGCGGAUGUUGUGAUCCAGGAGGUGAUCCGACAUGACGUUGGUGUUCAGUUCCCUGAAAUGGUGGGCUUCAUUCAUGGAGAGGAGUCCAACAAGUUUGAAAAUGGGCUUGGUGAGAGUGUGACAGUCACAGUGUGUGGCACAGAGGAGGAGACUGCCACACUGCUGGCCACUGUGCUGGACGGUAACCACACAGCAGCAUCUCUCCUGGCACGUGCCAUUCACCAAGACCCAGCAACGAUUGAUGCUCACACAGAGGGUCUGUCGGUGCCCCUCAGCCCCUCCGAGCUCGCCAUCUGGAUCGACCCCAUAGAUGCCACCAGCCAGUAUAUAGAGGGCCGAGAAGAGGCGCUGGAGGAGGGCCACCUGUCUCCUUCAGGUCUGCAUUGUGCUUUGGUUCUGAUUGGGGCCUACCUCCGGAGCACGGGUGAACCCGUCAUGGGCGUCAUCAACCAGCCGUUCAACCACAAAGAUCCAGCAGGUGGAGCCUGGAGGGGGAAGCAUUUCUGGGGCGUGUCCUUUGGUGACGUCAAUGUCUGCUCAGUGUCUCGGCCCAAAGACAGACCAGCAGGCAGGCAAGGGCUGUCGGCGGUGCUGAGCUCCAGUGAAAAGCAGGUGGUGAAGGAGACCCUGACCUCUCUGUGCGGCCCCGACAAGCUGAUGUAUGCCUCCGGAGCCGGCUACAAAAUCCUGUGUGUCAUUCAGGGCCUGGCUGACGUCUACGUCCUCUCAGAGGGAAGCACCUUCAAGUGGGACUCCUGCGCCCCUCAUGCCCUGCUCCGAGCCCUCGGAGGAGGGGUUGCAGACCUGACAAAGAGUUUAAAGUCCAACUCUGCGGGACAAGAUCACCAGGUAGAACUGACGUAUCACCAGCCUUACACCGAGGGUAAAGGUGCAGAUCGCUGGUCGAAUCACGGAGGCCUGGUGGCUUACCGAGACUGUUGUCAGCUCCGCAGCAUCGUCAGCGCUCUGAAAGGCAAGCUGUAGUUCAAAGCAGAGUGGAUGUAAUCAACACAAGCUGACACACUUAUUGUUGCAUAUAUUAUCAUAUUCAUGUUUUCUAUAUUAGAGCAUAGGAUUAAAUAUUCUAAUUAUAAAUCAUACUGUAUUAUUUUUAACCAGAUAUAUAUGCAAAUGUAUAUAUGAUAAAGUAAACAUCAGGCCUGAGCUAAAUAAAAUUUGUAAAUACUGUUUGCCUUAGUCUUAAACAGUUGUUCCCAAACUGGAGGUCGGCCUCAGCGGGAGAAAUGAUAAACCGACCAAUGAUCCAGCUCUGAUGCUGGUGAUCAAGAUUCAGGUUUGCAAUAUUUGUUCAGAAAGCACAACAACAGGAAAAGUGCAAGGAAAGGAAAAACAUAUCAAACAUGUCAGUCAAAUCCAAAAUAUGAAGAAGCAUCAUCUUUUUCUCAAGUUCAUAGUCAACAAACCAAGAGAGAUGUGCUUUUUGUGUUAAAAACACACAGAAAAAGAAGCAUGCAGUUCACUUUCUCAGUAUUAUCAAUUAAUGAAACGUAAUAAAUUGACACGUUGGGAAUUGGGGAUCAAAGGGACAGAAAGUUUGGGAACAUCUGGUGUCCAUCUCGAUUGGAUGGGAGGAUUUUUUUCACAGGAUGGUGGGAUGGAAGUUAGAAAGUUUAGACAAUCAUAAGAAUGCUUUAUAACAAUCAUCUGAGAGUGAUCAUGUUGUUGAGGUGUGAUAAUCCAAUUUGUUGACUUCCUCCUAGAAGCUAAAACAAGCCUUAUUUGUGAAUUGUGUUUAACUCAGGCCUGAUAAGCAUUUAUUAAAUAUUACUAAGCUUUGUAACAGUUUAUCUACAUAAUAGAAGUUAUAAUAGUGAGAAAAACGACAGUGCUCACUGCUGGACAGCUGAGGAACACUUCACUGCCAGAGGAAAAGGUGAUGUGGCAUUAAAAGAUUGCUUCUGUC